AUCUACAUACUUUUCUUCGCCCUAAUAUAUUAUACUUUUAGGUGUUAGAAAUUAGUUGUUUUGCUUUGAAUUUUCCAGUCCAAUUUUGAAGAUCUACGGAAAUUUUUGCCCGUUUGCCGUUUAAUCGGUGAAGAUCUGUUUUUUUCGUUUUAAGUGUAUAAAAUGAGCCGUUCACAGGAUCCACACAAAACUUUUCUCCCCUUCGGAAACCCCUUCCGCAUGAUGAAGGCAAAGGGAUCAAACCUAUCUCCAAAGCUGCUCGAUUUAUUGAAUACUUUUGAAGAAACAUUGUCCGCAAGGCUUAAUAAGCUUAAGCCAGCAAACAAGAAAGAUGUCCUAAGCUUCUCAUGGAUGAAAGCCGCAAUAGAAUCACUGUGUGGAAUUCACGCAGACAUAAAAGUUCUCAUUACUGCCCUCGAACUCCCUGUCUGUGACUGGGAUGACAAGUGGAUCGAUGUCUACUUGGACAACAGUGUUAAGUUGCUCGAUAUCUGCAUCGCCUUCACCUCCGAAAUUUCCCGCCUCAAACAAGGCCGCCUUUUCCUUCAAUGCGCCUUGCAUAGCUUAACCGGUGCUUCCUCGAAUAAGUUUGUGAGUGCCCGUUCCUCAUUGGAUGGAUGGAGGAAACACGUUGGUUCGAAAAACCCUAAACUCGAAAACUGCUUCUCUGUAAUGGAAAGCCUUGCUCGAACGCUCGACCUUCCGAAAAUCAAGAACUCCUCAAAGGGGAAAGUUCUGAUGCGAGCUAUGUAUGGAGUUAAAGCGGUGACUCUUUUUGUUUGCAGUGCGUUUGCAGCUGCACUCUCUGGCUCGGCAAAGAGUCUUUCGGACGUACAAGUUUCCGAGACGUACUUGUGGGGUGAGACUUUUGCCGAUCUCCAAACUUUUGUAAAUACCGAAAUUAGAAAUUCUACAAAUGGGAGUUUCGCGGUUCUGAAGGAGAUCGAAGAUGUUGUGACAGGUGUCGAGAAGUUGUACCCCGUUGUGCGAGACUGUGUAGGGGUGGGACCCGUUGGAGAUGAAGAGUUGAUGAAGUGCACACUGGAUCUGGAAAAAUCGACCGAGAAAUUCGCCGAUGGUUUGAAUUUGCUUGGAAAGGAGGUGGAUGGUUUCUUUCAAGUAGUUUUAACGGGGAGAGAUGCUUUGCUUUGUAAUCUUAGGGUUGGUGGUGAUGUGUUCGAUCAAAUGCGAACUAAUCAUCGUUUAGAUGGGCAGGCGGUUAGGUGAAGAUUUAUACGUUUACGUAUAUACACAACAUGAAUGGUAAGGAAAUGUACUGCUUUGAUAUGGUUGAAUGUAUAUUGAAUGUUGUUGAGAUAGUAUUAUUAGAGCUUGUGAGUUGUGGGAUUUAUGUGUAAUGGAAUUAAUAUAAAUGUUUGAACUUGUGUUUAAUUAUAUUUUUAUAUAAAAAUUAUGGCUUGUAUU